GUCAGUACAGCAAAACCUGUUCAGAGCUUCGCUGAAUGAUAUCUACGCAAUAAAAUCGAAAAUAAUUCUUCAUAUUUGUUUUUAAUUAAAGGGAAAACUUUACCUGUUCCAUAGCAGAAUGCAAGGUGAUCAACAACAAUUCUUUAGCGGACAAUCGUACCCGCAACAACCAGGAUACAAUGUGGGCUUUGCUCCACAACCCGCCGUCGCUCCGGGUUUUCACCCAAGUGCGUUCGCUCCGUCACCGGAGGCCGCAGGAUAUGCCCCUUACGAUGCCGAAUCGACAACUGCUAAAGGCUUCGACUUCAGUGAUCAAUCCAUAAGACGAGGCUUCAUAAAAAAAGUUUACUCCAUUUUGACCGUACAGCUGGCAAUAACGUUUACUUUUGUCACUGUCGUCAUGCUCCACAAGCCAACGAGGCGUGUGGUGCAAGAAAGUGUACCUCUAUUUUGGAUUGCAUUCAUCGUUAUGUUCGUAGCGCUCAUCGGCAUCUCCUGCUGUGGGGAAAUGCGGCGUAAAGCACCAAUGAACUUUAUACUGUUGGGCCUCUUUACUUUAGCCGAAUCGUUCCUGGUUGCCGUGGUCUCUGCACAAUACGAUGCAGAUGUGGUGAUGAUUGCACUUGGCAUAACUGCUGUGAUUUGUCUUGGGUUGACACUGUUCGCUUUCCAGACAAAGUAUGACUUUACGAUGAUGGGUGGUUUCUUGUUCUGUGUCGUACUGGUGUUUUUCAUGUUCGGGUUGAUUGCUAUCUUUUUUGAAGGAACAGUAAUUACGCUAAUUUAUUCCGCACUCGGAGCAUUGAUUUUCUCCAUGUACUUGGUCUACGAUACGCAGAUCAUGCUCGGUGGAGAACACAAGUACUCAAUCAGCCCAGAAGAGUACGUGUUUGCCGCGCUGAGCUUGUAUCUUGAUGUUAUCAACAUUUUUUUGCAUAUUCUUCGUAUUGUUGCUGUAUCGAGACGUUAAGCUACCGAUGAAAUGUAUGUUCUUUUUGAAUGGCAUGAUGUUUCAACGAAACGUGUCUAAUGCGAGAUUGUCAUCGAUUGAAUGUCCGAUCUGGUUCAAAAGUUCUAAAGAAUCGAGAUUUAUCAGAAUAAUUUAAACGAUAUUAAUGUCUCUACUAAAACACUCCGAUAUCGUCAGGUGCGAACACAUUAGAAAGCAUGUUUUUCUUACAAUUGUAUUCAGUGAUAAAUCUGUUAUAUGAGGUCAUCAUGAUAGCUGGGGCGGAAACGACAGUACCUGUCAGUUCUCUCGACACUGUCCCAUACAAAAGAUAAACAACACUUUGGAAUAGCGAAAAAAUGACAAGAAGCGCCGUUUCGUUUCCGCGCAGACUCUCGACG